AUGGACGUUCGCUGGUAUCUACUACGGAUCGGGUACCAGGGUCCUGCCCAGCCUUCUCUGGAGACCCUGCACCGUCUCCACCGCUGCCAUCUCCUCUCCGUGCCCUUUGAGAGCCUCAGCAUCCACUGCCAGGAGCCGAUCGCCUUGGCGUUGCCCCUUCUCUACGACAAGAUUGUCCGACGCCACCGGGGCGGCUUCUGUUUCGAGCUGAACGGGCUGUUCCUGUGGCUGCUGCAGACGCUGGGAUUUUGUGCCAAGGCCGUGGCCGGUCGUGUCCGGAACCGCUUCACGGGGCGCUACGGACCCCCUUUGGACCAUAUGGUGAUUUGGGUCCAGUUGGACGGACGCUCGUUUCUCUGCGACGUUGGUUUCGGCGAAGGCUUUCUGGACCCUCUGGAGUUGAAGCCAGACACAGAACACGUUCAAGAAGGGGGUAUAUUCUGGCUGGGGAACAAGGAGGGGGUUUGGGUUUUGGAGCGAAGGGAUGUUCCCGGUGAGCAAGGAAGACCUUUGUAUCAAUUCACCCUCCAGGAGAAGAAGCUGGAUGAUUUUACUGGCAUGUGCCUCUACCACCAGACUUCACCCAGUUCCAUCUUCGCCUGUAAGUCCUUCUGCUCCCUGCAGAAGGAAGAUGGCAGCCGCCUUACCUAUAUGGGAUGGCGUCUCAUCUCCACUGUGAAGGAGAAGCGAACAGAGACGGUCCUGCAAAGCUCUGAGAUCCUAGCCGUACUGCGCGAGAAAUUUGGGAUCAAGCUAAGGGGGAACUUCGAGCCAAAGGAUGAAGACAUCCUGCCGCCUCCUGAAGAAGACUGA